CGUUUCCUGCUACCUUGGGUUUAGUUUGUUCAAAGUAUUGUCCAAGUUUUCUUUUUCAAACCCUUUCUCCUAUUAUUUUAUCUUUCGUUAUUGACUAUUCCAGGCUUUUCCUUUCGUUAUUGCGUAGUAGCGAAGUAGUCUGUCUCGUUGUCAAGUGUUCAGCUGAAUUUCUCCGACCGAUUUUGAUCCUGGCGUGAAUUUUUUUAAAUGUGUUUUCAAGUGUCAGUGACUGUGUUUAUCGGUGUUCUCCUUCAUCUGUUGAACAGAGUGACUGUCAAUCAGGAACCAGUUUCUUCCAAAUAUCUGGAAGGUUUAAAUUUUUCGGGAAAAUCCAAGUUGGUUGGUACACGUGCGGACUUCCAACUGAUUGACCUGCCACCUGGUGAGCAAGUUCUCUUCGUAACAAACGCUACUCAAAGUUCCGUCUGUUAAAAUUUUAGUCCUUUCGGGCAUCGUCAUCAAGGAGUUCCAUUUCAGCAAUUUAAAUCAUGUCUGACAUGGAAGGAGGUGAUGUGUUGAGUGCCCCAGUUGCCGGUGGCCCAAUGGAUAUCAACACAGCUACACAGGAGGUUCUGAAGAAUGCCAUGAUCCAUGAUGGUUUGGCCCGUGGACUCCAUGAGGCUGCCAAGGCUUUGGACAAGCGCCAGGCUUUGCUCUGCGUGUUGGCUGACAACUGCAGUGAACCCAUGUACAAGAAACUGGUCACCGCUCUCUGCCAAGAACACAACAUCCCCUUGAUGAAAGUUGACAACAACAAGAAGCUUGGUGAAUGGGCUGGCCUUUGCAAGAUCGACAAGGAAGGCAAGGCCCGCAAGGUCGUUGGAUGCUCCUGCGUCGCCGUCAAGGAUUGGGGUGUUGAGACCGAGGCAACUGCUGUCGUUCUCGAUUACCUGAAGAAGCAGUAAAUUUCAACGACUGACUUCGAACGAGUUUAACGGGAUGUGUUUACCUGCUGCUCAUGUAUCAUGUUGUGCAUAAAUAUAUCCUGAUUGAAGUCGA